CUACACACAGCAGCUCAGACAGAGUGUGAGCCAAACUUGUGACUGAGGCUCAGAUCCUGUAUAAAGUGAACGGCGUGCUCUUCCUCCUACCUCUUUAUCUCUGCCUAGCAACAUGGAUUGCGGGGUCGCCACGUCCAAGACCAUCCUCCUCUUCCUCAGCUUGGUGUUUUGCACCGCCGGCGGUGUGUUGGCUUGGGUUGGAGCCCGGGUCAUUCAGAGCUAUGACACCUUUGAAGGCCUCAUUCAGGACAAGCAGAUACUGAUCCCAGCAGUCGCCAUCAUCUGCAUAAGCGUGGUGAUGUUGAUCUUUGGUCUGGUGGGAUGCUGUUCCACACUUCGUGAGUCCAAAUUUGGCCUCACUUUGUUCUUCAUUAUUAUCAUGGUGAUCUUUGCAGCAGAAGUGGCUGCUUUGGUACUUACCUUCAUCUAUCAUGGCAAGAUAAAUCAAAACCUGGAGCAUUCCAUGAAUGAUACCUUCUCAAAGUACACUGGAGAGGAAGAUGCUGCGACCAAAGCUGUGGAUUUACUGCAGAAACAGCUUCAGUGUUGUGGUGUCCUGAACUACACCAGCUGGACCAGCACCACCUGGUUUGCCAGCCACAACAACAGUGUGCCCAUAUCCUGCUGCAGGUCAAAUGUGUCACAGUGCACUGGCAGACUGGAUCAACCAAAUCUCAUUUACACCGAGGGUUGUGAGGUCAAACUGGAGCGCUUCCUUCAGGAUGCUUUGACUUAUGCCAUGCUGGUGGUUCUUGGUUUUGCUAUUAUAAAGUUCUUUGGGAUGCUGAGUGUGUGUGUGAUCACCUGUAAAAGCAAAAGCCGGAGGAACGGCUACCAACCCCUGUACGCCUAAAACCUAUUCUGCAAAAAACAUCCAUAUUCCGCUUUCUCAGUAUUGAACAGAAACACUGAUUAAUUAGGGAAAUGUUGCCUUUAUGUAAACCAGAUUGUAUCUGAGCUGGCUUCCAUCUGUACCUUGGUGGGGAUUUUUUUUUCAAAUGCGAACAUUACUUCCUUUUUUAAGAGGUUGAAUUUCCUUUCCUUGAGAUUUAUCAGUCUCUUUUGGUGCAGCAAAGCAGCCCCGUUUAGUGAUGCGCGUAAAAUGAAAGUAUGUAACAUUCUGAAGGUGAUCCGGCAUUUUGUUUCUACUUAAUCCUUGGGAAAUUGUCCUGACAUAAAAGCAAAAUAAUUUAUUUCGACAUUUAUUAUAAUUUUCUGCUGCACCGUGAAGACAUUCUUUAGACUUUGACUGUACUUUAUUGAAUGACCUCAGACUGUGAUGCCUUAAUUUGGCUUGCAAAGCUUAUAGCUGAACACACACGUCAUUUUAUGGUCAGUUAACUGUAUUAUGUGAGGUUCUACUUUUAGUUUGCUGCUUUGUCGUGUUUAUCAUAAAUUAAAAUAACUUGGUUAUCUCACUAUUAUAUCUGUGUUUAACAUGACUUUUUUUUUUUGUUGCUUUUCUUCAACCGGAUGACUUUCCCGAAGGUGUAACACGCUCUGUGUCUUGUAUAUUAUGUGUGGCAUUUUUAAAAGUGUGGAGAAGAACACGUUGGUUAUAAAAUACAUUCCCCGACUUUCA